AUGAGAAAUGGUAUCCAUACAUGUGCCAAACCACUUGCACAAGUAAAAUACACGAGAAGGCGAGACCCUUUCCCCUUCAAUCUCUACUACACCCAACGACGGCACUUUGCUCGAGCCCGACGAUCCCAAUUUCGAGCCGAACCCAACCACAAGAAGAAAAUCAUGUUUCAGUCGCUUGGAUGCCCACGUAACUUUGUAGAUACCGAAGUCAUGCUGGGAUUGUCUCUGGACCAAGGAGGAUUGGAGGUGACCCAAGAAAUGGAAAAUGCAGAUUAUCUGGUUCUGAAUACCUGUGGAUUCCUAGAGUCGGCACGAGACGAAUCCAAGUCUGCCAUUCGAGAAAUGAUUGACACCAAGAAGGAUUCAAGUAAAUUGAUUGUGACGGGAUGUAUGGUGAACUUGCAUAAGGAUCAGAUCCUGGAAGAAUACCCUCAGGUCGAUUCGAUUCUGGGCUCUGGUGCAGUUGACAAGAUUGUGGAAACCAUUUCCAAGUUGGACGAACAAGAUGAUGCAAUGGCGAAUGGAGAAGAAAAACACAAGCAACAAUUGAUUCAAUCGGCACGAAGACGGAGCUUUUUGGAGCAAGGAGAUACCCCACGAUUCAUUGCUACACCGCCACAUUAUGCCUAUUUGAAGAUCGCGGAGGGAUGCAAGAAAGCUUGCAGUUUUUGCAUCAUCCCAAAGAUCAAGGGCAGACUACAAUCCAAGCCCAUCCCACAAAUCGUAGACGAAUUCCAAGGUCUUUUGGAAUAUGGAUCCUCUGAAGUCAUUUUGAUUGCCCAAGAUCUUGGAGACUUUGGCAAGGACUUGCCCCAGAAUGAUCCCGCCUCACCCAACGAUCUGGCAACCCUCCUUAAGGCUAUGCUGGCAUCGACAGAUGAUCCCAACCUAUGGCUACGAUUGCUGUAUUUGUAUCCCGACGAAAUCACACCCGAGAUUGUGGACAUUCUCGAAUCGGACACUCGGAUUUGUCGGUAUCUUGACAUGCCCAUUCAACACUCUCACGAUGACAUGCUCAAGUUAAUGCGGCGCAAGACAACCUCACAAGACAUCCAAGAUACCAUUCGAACCUUACGCGAACGGUUGCCAGAUAUUCACAUUCGCACCAGUCUCAUGGUUGGCUUUCCGGGGGAAACGGAAGAACACUUUGAGCACCUUUUAGAAUUUGUCAAGGAAUUCGAGUUGGAGAAUGUGGGAGUCUUUGAAUUCUCGGACGAGAAGAUGGCCUAUGCACACAAGCUUCCCAAUCAUGUGCCCGAAGAAAUCAAGAAGGAUCGCUACGAACGACUAAUGAUGACGCAGCUCGAAAUUAUUCGACGAAAGAACCAAGCCCGUGUCGAUCGAAAGGAGCGAAUCCACAUUGUCAUUGAAGGAAUGCAAGGGGAUGACAUUGUUGGCCGAUACUAUGGGCAAUGUCCCGACAUUGACGGCCAAGUCAUUUUGGAAGGAACCCCCCGGGUUUAUCCUGGGGAACGUUAUUGGGUCGAAUUGACGGGGUUUGAUGAAUACGACCUGAUUGGAAGGGUCAUCGAUGAAGAACGAUGA